GCCCGUUCGCCCCUUCGUACACUUCUCUCAUUCGCCUCUUUGACAUUGAGGGCAACGUGUUGCAGACGCGGUGACUGGUACAAGCGUUAUGGAUGGACGGAAACAGUGUAGUGUCUAUCUCUUCCACCGAGUCUUGGACUCAUCGUCGUUAGGUUCACUGACCAGUAUAUCGUCGUCUGUGAAGCAGUUUCAGCACUGGAUUGUCUACUUUAUUUUUGCUGACGGAACAGCUCUAGAGUGUGAUGGACAACAAGACGCUACCUCUAAGAAACUGCGUGGGAGUGCACGGUUGAUAAGUCACAGCGACGUGGAGCCUUUGAGAAAAGACAUGACACUACUGAAGGACGGUGUUUCUCUCUCCAAAGAAGAUAUCAGAGAAGUGGUGGACGACAUGAACCUGAAUAGCAAGAAGUAUGACGUUCUCUGGAACAACUGCCAGUACUGGAUCAAAAAGCUGCUUGGAAGGCUAGGCGUACCAGUGCCUGACGUCGAUCUGAGAGAAGUCGCCAUUGCAGGUGCCAUUCCUGUACCGCUGCGACCGGACCCUUUCUUCAUGACCUUAGAUGAGAUGCCUUCAUGAAGACUUUCAGAGUGGAACUAUCCUUAAUAAUCAAACGUGUUUUACUGA